ACAUCAAGACCAAGGCGGUGCUAGACGUGGAGUCGAAGAGAGGAUACUGGCUGACGGUGUACGCGCAGGAUCACGGCGUGGUUCCUCUGAGCUCGAGUUUACAGGUGUACGUGGAGGUGCUGGACAUGAACGACAACACCCCGUUGACCGAGGUUCCAGUCUACUACCCGUCGGUGUUGGAGAACUCUCCAGCAGGCGUGAGCGUUCUUCAGAUCCGGGCGUUCGAUCGCGACGUCUCGCCCCAACAAUUCACCUUUUCCAUCACCAGCGGCAAUCCGGAAGGUUAUUUUCUCAUCAACUCCACCACCGGCUUGAUCACGACCAGCGGCCGGAAGCUCGAUCGAGAGAACCAGGCGGAACACGUUCUCGAGGUGACGGUCAGAGACGAUGGAAGGCCGUCUCUGUCCUCGACGACCCGUGUGGUGAUCGCGGUGGCAGACAUAAACGACCACGGUCCAGAAUUCGAGCAGAAGUUCUACACCGUUCAGAUCCCAGCCUCCCCGUCCACCGACAAGCCGCUCUUCCAGAAAUCGAGGAACCGCUCGCGGGAGUUCGACCUUUCGAUCGAUACGUUACUAGAGAAUGGAACUUGGGAGACAUUUAGCCCCGACAGCUUGUCUGGAGAUCCUAUCUUCAGGGUACUCGCGAACGAUAAAGACAUCGGCGACAAUGGAAAGAUCCAGUACAGCAUCAAGGGUGGCCGCGGCAAGGGCAAGUUUAAAAUCCACCCUAACACGGGGAUGGUGUACUCUCAGCGUGGUUUCGAGGCUGGACAGGAAUACGAGAUGAUGAUAAGGGCCGCCGACAACGGAGAACCGCAGCGCAGCCAUCAAACACGGGUGUCCGUGCAAGUUGUCGAGGUACCGAAGGAAUCCGAGAAUCCGCCGGUCUUCAAGACCAACAAUCAAAGUGUCGAGGUUACGGAAAGCGACGAGGUGGGCUUCCUCGUAGCUUUGGUCCAGGCCACGGACAAGGACGGCGACUCCCUGUGGUAUGAUAUUAUCGACGGUGACAAACGAGACGAGUUUUUCAUCGGCCGUGACAACGGGAACGUGCUGUUGGCGAAGAGGCUCGAUUGGGAGACGCAGAACUUUUACAACCUGACGAUCCGCGUCACGGACAGCGUGCUAACGGCCGUGACGCAACUAUUGGUCACGGUGAUCGACAUCAACGACCACCGGCCGGAAUUCACCGAGAGCAUUUAUCACGUGGACAUCUCGGAGAACGUUGAGAAAGGCGAGAAGAUCCUGCAGCUGCACGCGACCGACGAGGACGAGGACAAGAAGGUGUUCUACAGCCUUCACGCCGCACAGAAUCAGGCUUCCUUGGAGAUAUUCCACGUGGACUCGGUGACGGGGGCGGUUACACUGAACGAGGUACUCGAUCGUGAGACCAUCGAGGAACACGUGCUCACCGUGAUGGUGAAAGACCAAGGAACGCCCGCGAAACGAAAUUACGCGAGAGUGAUAGUGACGGUGCACGAUCACAACGACCACGCGCCGGAAUUCAUCAGCGAGAUCAUCCAGGGAAAGGUGUACGAAACGUCUCCGAUUGGCGCCGCGGUGGUGCAGGUCUACGCUAUAGACAGGGACAGAGGAGAGAACGCGAAAAUAACGUACUCGAUCACGUCUGGGAACGUGGGUAACAUGUUCGUGAUAGAUCCGGAUCUGGGUGUGAUUCGCGUGGCUCGAGAAUUGGAUCUCAGCGUCUCCUCGGAGUACAUACUGCUGGUGAAGGCGACGGAUCACGGUUCCCCGGCUUUGUCCAACACCGUGCCUGUACACGUGAUGGUCACCAUGGCCGACAACGCUCCGCCCAGGUUCAUUCAAAAGGAAUUGUCCGCCGAGAUCUACGAGAACCAGCAGCUAGGUACGUACGUGAAACACGUGGAAGCCAGGAGCACGUCCUCGUUGCAGUUCGAGAUCGUGCAGGGUAACAAGGACGACACGUUCUUCAUGAACCCCAGUACGGGCAUCAUAGUGAUCAAGAACGAGCUGGAUUACGAGAAGACCAAGUUUUACAAUCUGACGGUUGCGGCGACCAACAUGGCCAGCGCGAAGGCGCGCUGCAACGUGAUCGUUCACGUUCUGGAUCGAAACGACAACGCGCCGAGGUUCCUGCAAGCAACCUACAGCGGAGAGAUAAGCGAAGGUGCUAGCAUAGGCUCGUUGGUACUGACCAACAGCAGCACCCCGUUGGUCAUAAAGGCGGAGGACGCCGACUCCGAAUUGAACGCCCUUUUGAACUACGACAUCGUCGAGGAUUUGCCUCGGAAAUACUUCCACAUAGACUCGAGCACAGGUGCCAUCAGAACGGUGAUGGUUCUCGAUCACGAGAGCAUUCCGAAGUUUACCUUUCACGUGAAGGUUUCCGAUCUCGGGAAACCGAAACUGUCUUCCGAGACCACUGCCAAGGUCAUGAUCGUAGUGACCGAUGUCAACGACUGUCCGCCCAAGUUCCUCGAAAACGACUACAACGCCACUCUACUGCUGCCCACGUAUAAGAACGUCGCGGUGAUCCGAGUGAGCGCCGCAGAUCCGGACAGUUCCGAGGGAAUUCCGCUCAGGUACGACAUCAUCGACGGGAACAAAGCGCACACGUUCGACAUAGACCCUCAGACUGGCGUGAUCACGGUUUAUAACCCGGAACGUAUGAAGAGAAGCUAUCUGCUGAGGGUCCGUGUCUCCGAUGGAAAGUACUCGAAUGUCUGCCAGGUGAACGUGAUGGUGGAGAAGUCGGAGAACUCCGGGCUGAUGUUCCAGAAGGACGUCUACGAGGGAACGAUCCCGGAGAACUCGACGAGGAUCACGACGGUCGCCGUUGUGAACGUUUUGGGCAGCGCGCUCAACGAGCAUAUUGUCUUCAGCAUACUGAACCCCACCGACAUGUUCGUAAUUGGGCCGACAUCCGGCGCGAUCCGCACCACCGGGAUUAGAUUCGAUCGGGAGGUUUGCGAGCAUUACGAACUGAUAGUGGAAGCGAAGAGUCACACGCCGAGCAAAGAGAAGCCAAGGGUGGCGCACGUGAUUGUGAACGUCACCAUAUUGGACAUCAACGACAACUGUCCAAUGUUUGUUAACUUGCCCUAUUACGCCGUCGUGUCCGUGGAUGCGCAGAAAGGCGACGUUAUCACCAAGGUACACGCGGUGGACAUGGACAGCGGCGACAACGGAGAAGUCAGGUACGAAUUGAAAAAAGGUCACGGGGAACUGUUCAAGGUGUGCCGGAAAACGGGCGAGAUAUCCCUGAAGCAGAACCUGGAGGGUCACAAUCGCGAGUAUCAGCUAACUAUCGCCGCGUAUGACGGAGGCAUAACACCGUGCUCGAUCGAGGUGCCAGUGAACGUGAAGGUGAUAGAUCGGUCGAUGCCAGUGUUUGACAAGCAAUUUUAUACGGACAGCGUGUUGGAAAGUAUCGAGAUACAUUCGCCCCUAGCUUUGUCUAUUCAAGCUGAGUCACCGUUGAAUCGCAAGCUCAUAUACAGUAUAACGAAAGGCAACGAUUUCGAGGAAUUCGCUCUGGAUUUCAACACAGCCCCCGACAGUAACAAUGGUCCUUGUGUAAUCUACGUGGUGGACGAGCUGGACUACGAGCAGAAGAAACAGUACGAGCUGACGGUUCGCGCGACGGACAGCGUAUCAGGCGUCUACGCGGAGGUGCUCGUUAGCAUUCUGGUGCUCGACGUGAACGAUUGCCCGCCCGAAUUCACUCAGGACUCGUACAACAUCUCGGUGUCCGAGGCUGCGCCGUUCGGCACUUCCGUGUUGAGAGUCAGCUCCAGAGAUAACGACACGGACAUAAACCAGCAGGUACGCUACGCGAUUCAGAACGACACGGAGAGCAGCACGGACCUGUUCCACAUCGAUCCGGAGGAGGGCGUGAUCUUCCUGAAGAGAUCUCUGGACCACGAGGCUCACGAGUCGCAUCACUUCACGGUGAUCGCGAUCGAUCGCGGGGUGCCGAGCCUUUCGAGCACGGCUCACGUUUGGGUGACAGUGAUCGACAUGAACGACAACCCGCCCAAGUUCGAGCAGCCAUCGUACACCUGCUCGUUGUCGGAACACGCGGAACGAGGUCAGUUCGUGACGGUGGUGUCCGCCAGCGAUCCAGACUACGUGGACGACAAGCUCACGUACACGAUAGUCGGCGGUAACGAGCAACAAACGUACAACAUCGACCAGUCCACCGGCAUCAUCUCGCUGAUCAAUAUGCAGAACUUCGGCGAGAAGAAGCUCAGCAUGCUGAACGUCUCCGUCACCGACAACGUGUACACGAGCUUCGCGCGAGUCAAGAUCGAGAUACUGCCCGCUAACAGGCACAAUCCCAAGUUCCCGAAUCCGGUGGUCGAGGUGACGGUGUUCGAGAAUCAGCUGCCUGGCAGAUUGGUCACGAGCGUGAUAGCCACCGACGAGGAUUUCGGCGAAUACGGCGCGGUGAUAUACACGAUCGCUUCGGACCUGAUGAAAGAAAUAUUCGACAUAAAUAGGCUGACCGGCGAGAUCGUAACUAGGAAGAAGCUGAACCGGGAGGAGCAGAAGCUGUACGAAAUACCGGUGAUGGCCACCGACGGGGGCGGCAGGUCGGGUUUCGUGAUCGUCAGGGUGAGAGUCGGUGAUGAGAACGACAAUUCGCCCGUGUUCCUGCUCAGAGAGUAUAAAGCCAGUAUUCACGGGAAUUUGACCGUUAACACGCCGUUCCUCAAGGUAAAGGCUGUGGACGCCGACGAGGAUGACGCUGCGAGGAUUGUUUAUUCGAUAUACGAGCUGCAGACUUCGGAGGCGAAGGCGCUGUUCGGGAUCAAUCCUGACACCGGGGCGUUGUUCCUGCAGAAAAGUGCGAUGCCGUGGGAAAACCAAUUGUUCGAGCUGUUCAUUCGCGCGGAAGACAAGGGUGGAGCGACGACUCAUCACGCCGACGUUCCUCUCAACGUUUACAUAAUGGGGCCGCAAGAUGUGCCGCCUCUCUUUGAACGAAAAGAGGACAAAUUCUUCAUAUCCGAAGCGUCUCCCAUUGGGACGCCGAUAACGAGACUAAAAACCGUGACCAACACCACGGUCACCUACAGAAUAGUUUCCGGUGACGAGGAUUCCCCGCUCUUCACGAUCGACGCUCAUGGACAGAUCACUUUAGUCAAACCCCUGGAUCGCGAGCUCAAGGAUAAUCAUUUGAUCGGAGUCCUCGCUGAGACGGACUCCAGUCCUCCGUUGACAGCGCUGGCCGAAAUAUCGCUGCAGGUGUUGGACGAGAACGAUCAUGCCCCGAAAUUCGAAAGCAAUCCGUAUGGUAUCAGCUUGGCGGAGAAUAUAGAGGAAGGGACGUCGAUCUUGAAAAUUAUCGCGCACGACGAAGAUCUCGGCAGCAACGGCGAGGUUCGAUACUCAUUUGGCUCGGAUAUCGGCGAACUGGCGAACGUCUUCACCGUGGAUACGUACACCGGCUGGAUAUCGACGCUGGUUCUGCUUGACAAGGAAAAACAGCCAGAGUACAAGUUUCAAGUGGUCGCUACUGACAAUGGGAAUCCAAAGCACUUCGCGAGGACUUCCGUGCACGUGAAGCUGAAGGAUUACAACGACAAUCCCCCGGCGUUCGUGGACGAUCGUUACGAGGCAGCGGUGAACGAAGACGCUCUGCCAGGGACGGUGGUGGUGAAAUUGAUCACCGUGGACAAAGAUUCGGACGUAAACACGCCGAUCGAGUUCUACAUAACGUCCGGCGACUCGAGGUCUCAGUUUCAGAUCAGAUCGACCGGCGAGGUAUACGUGGCGAAGUCUCUGGACCGGGAAACGAUCGAUCGUUACGAGUUGGAAAUAGUCGGCACCGAUGGCAAAUACGUCUUCAAGACGCGUGUAACGGUGCAGGUGCUCGACGUGAACGACAAUCCACCGUACUGCCUGAGGUAUCGUUAUCGAGAGAUCCUUUCCGAGGGUUCGCAUCCUGGAACGUACGUGCUCACUGUCCUGGCCACUGAUUACGACGACGAGCCAAACGCCAAGCUGCGUUUCUAUCUGACCGGCGACAAUAACGACAAAUUCUCGUUGGACAAAGAGACUGGUGUGCUGAAGACGAUCGGCCAGCUGGACCGGGAGACUCAAGCCAAGUAUUCGCUCACGGCCCACGUGCAGGACAGAGACAAACCGUCGUGGGAAUGCUCAUCUCAGCUAGAGAUCCUAGUCUCAGAUCUGAACGAUAACGCACCGAAAUUCACCAUGCAAACGUACAGCGCCACGCUGCCGGAAGACGUGGAGGUUGGCACGUUGGUAACCAAGGUACACGCCACGGACGAUGACAUCGGCAUUAAUCGUAAGAUCAGAUACGAAUUCAUCGAUUCUGCCGACGGCCAUUUCCACGUCGCGGCGGACAGCGGCAUCGUUACGCUCGGCAAGCCGCUCGACAGAGAAACGAAGGCCAUGUACAACGUGACUAUACAGGCGGUCGAUCAGGGGACUCCUCAGUUGAUGAGUAUGACAUCGUUGAUCGUCAACGUGCAGGAUAUCAACGACAAUCCGCCGGAGUUUGCGUCCAAGGUCUACUUCUCGAAGGUUCCUGAGAUCUACGCGGUCGGCACGGAAGUGGCACGAGUGCUCGCUACGUCGAAGGACACCGGAGUCAACGCCGACGUUUAUUACUCGAUCGUCGGCGGAAACGAGCACAAGAAGUUUCAAAUAGACGCGCGUACCGGCGUGAUUACCAUCGCGGAGCAAUUGGACUUCGAACGCGCCAGGGAUUAUUUCCUGACCAUCCAGGCCGUGGACGGAGGCAUCCCACCUUUGAGCAAUCACGCCACCGUGAAUAUUACCGUGAUCGAUAGCAACGAUAACGCGCCGAUAUUCAGCGAGGUUUCGUACAGGGCAUCUAUACGCGAGGACGCGAAGAUCGGAGAGAAAGUUACGCAGGUAUUCGCAAACGACUUGGACAGCGAGGAGAACGGGAACGUGUCUUAUUACAUCGAACGAGGUGACAGGCAGAAGCAAUUCUCGAUCGAUCAGAAAACGGGGCAAAUUACUGUCGCCGCGCCACUGGAUCGCGAAGAAAUCGGUAAUUACGUAUUGGAGGUUCAUGCCCGGGACAACGGCAUACCUAUACUUUCGAGCUUCGUGAUGGUAAACAUCGAGGUUCUAGAUGCAAAUGACAACCCGCCGCUGUUCUCCCUCUCGAAUUAUACCGCGGUGGUGCAAGAAGACAAGCCAUUGGGCCACACCGUGUUACAAUUCCUGGUCACAGACGCCGAUAUAGAGCCGAACGCCGCGCCGUACACCUUCGACUUCCGGUCUGGCAACGAGGGCGACGCUUUCAGACUGGAACAGGACGGCACGCUCCGAACCGCCACCAAGUUCAACAACAGGGUGAAAGAUAAAUACGUGUUGCAUAUACGCGUCUUCGACAACGGAAGUCCACCUCUCUAUUCCGAUGCGUGGGUCGUGAUCAAAGUGAUCGAGGAGUCUCAGUAUCCGCCGCAGAUCACGCCCCUGAAAGUCGUUAUUAUUUCCUACAUGGACGAGUAUCCCGGUGGAAUCAUUGGAAAAGUUCACGCAACCGAUCAAGAUCAAUACGACACGCUUCUGUACGGUUUGGUCUCGUCCUCUCCGAUCCCCAACGAUCUCUUUCAGAUCGAGAAACUCGACGGCACGUUGGUGGCACUUCCGCGUCUCGAUGUCGGCGAAUACAGGGUGAACGUUAGCGUCACCGACGGGAAAUUCUACUCGUAUUCUGUCGUCAAGGUGAACGUCGAUCUGGUAACGGAGAAGAUGUUGGAGAAUUCCGUGAUCGUGAGAUUCAGGGAGGUCAGUCCGGAGGACUUUGUAUUGAGGCAUCGUGAGAGGUUCAUUAAAACCGUGCGCAACGCGUUGAACCGCAGAUCGGAGGAUGUCGUUAUUAUCAGCGUCCAACCUUCUACCGACGAAGUGAAUCUCAUCAAAUCACGCACCAUUCGCCAAACCGUUCACAACGAUCUCGACCUGCUGUUCGCCGUGAAGAAGAGCUCCUCGCCUUUGGGAUCGUCGACCUUUUAUACCUCCGAGAGCAUCCGAGAGGCGUUGAACCAGCGUAUCGAGGAGCUCGAGCAAUCGACGAAAUUAGUCGUGGAAGAAAUCGUCAGAUCUAAGUGCAACAAAGAAUACUGCGUCUACGGGGAUUGUCAGGAUAGAAUCAUUCUCGAUGUCAACCACAUAACGCCUAUAGCUACCGACGUGAUCAGUUUCGUGUCGCCGCGGCACAAGCACAAGAUGGAGUGCAGCUGCAAAGAAGGAUACGCCGGGAAUCAUUGCGAGGUAGUUGUCAACGAGUGUGCCAGGGAUCCUUGCCCGCCGUUCAAGGUCUGCAUUCCCGACUCCUCGGUCCAAGGAUACUCUUGCCAAUGCCCCGAGGGUUUCGCCGGGCAAACCUGCGACAUCGACAUCUCCAAGUGUCACGACGAGUCUUGCUACAUUCCACGGAAUCCCAUAUCAUUUAGCGGCAAGAGCUACGCCCGUUACAAGAUCGACAAAGCUUUGAUCAGGCAGACGAUCGAGGAUCGGCUCAGUUUAUCAUUGAGGAUCAGAACGGUGCAAUUAACUGGAAACCUGAUGUACGCGGCCGGCAAGGUCGACUACAACAUACUGGAAAUCGUGAACGGGGUUGUUCAGUACAAGUUCGAUCUGGGUAGCGGGGAGGGUUUGGUCCGCGUGAGCAGCGUCUACGUGAGCGACGGACAGUGGCACGAGAUUCAACUAGAACGUGAGAGCAACAACGCCAAAUUGAUCGUGGAUGGGAAGGGCGUGGCUCAUGGAUCAGCGCCCGGUAUCAACGACAUUCUCAACCUUCAGUCCGACGAUCUUUACUUGGGCGCCGAGGUCAAGCAACAUCCGUCGAUUCUCGGCUUCGAGGAUGUUCAACGUGGUUUCAUAGGGUGCAUGGACGACGUCAGGAUAGCGAGAGUGUCGGUGCCGCUGCACAUGAGCGGCGCCAGUAGCGUGGCUGUUCUGAAACGCUUCGCGAACGUGGAAUUCAGCUGCGACGCCGCCACGGUUCUCGUGCCGCCGGGUAUCUGCGGUUCGCAACCGUGCCAGAACGGCGGGACCUGCAAGGAUUCCGGCGGCGAGGACUACGAGUGUCAAUGUCACAGCAGAUUCGCGGGGAUCGCUUGCGAGAUCGAUACCGACCCUUGCGCCUCGUCGCCCUGUCUCUACGGUGGUCGUUGCAAAGUGACACCGGAAGGAGGCGACUACAGUUGCGAAUGCGUCGGGCCGAGUCUGAGCGGGAAACGCUGCGAAUUCGGAAGGUAUUGCAGCCCGAACCCGUGUAUUCACGGCGGGGUAUGCGAGGAGGGCAACAACGGGCCGAUAUGCAAGUGCCAAGGAUUCAUGGGAGAACGUUGCGAGACGGACGUUAACGAGUGCGACGCCAAUCCGUGCACAAACGGGGGAACCUGCGUGAACGAAAUCGGGACGUACAGGUGCAUCUGUCCCCCUAACAUGACCGGAUUAAAUUGUGGCAACCCGGCAUAUUCCACGCCGAUAAUAUCGAGCCACUUCAGAAUCACGUGGGAGCAUCUAAUGUGGAUUGGCGUCGCUGUAGCAGUGAACGUGUUCCUAAUCGUCACAUAUCUCGCCUUCCGACGGAUCAGGAUGAAACGAACGAGGGCGCGGGCGAACAACAUCAACAACGAGACGAGAAAGCAAAUUGUUUUGAAUUCGGCGCGGCCACACGAGCACGAGUUCAAACGUAGCUCGAAAUUGAGCAAUCUGGAAGUGAUACAGAGAGAACCCCCCCAAUGCCCUCCUAGACCUGCUUCCUAUACUCCCAGCUCGAACAACGAACCAGCCGCGUAUGGUAACUCGGCAGCAGUGGCGCUAAAUAAUCUAGACACGCUGCGCAGUUAUGGCAGUGCCGGCGACGAGCUAGAGAAUUUCCCGCCAGAUUAUUUGAGAAACCUAAACCGCAGCACACCCGUGCCCCCUCCGUCCUUAACCCUCGCUAACCCAGUCGGCGGAAACGCUGCAGGCAGUGAUACGGAUAGCCUUCAUAAGCCAACCUGGCAAGAGCAGAUGCAACUAGCUUCCUUCAUCACGGACACCACAAAGAUCAAAAACGACCUGAAACGAGCGAGCCCAGUGGUACCAGAGCUGACCACUGGAGGACUUCUACUAAAUUCUUCUUCUCGACGCGUGCCUCAUGGAGGUGGGACCUCCGUUGCCUCCAUGACGUCCAUCGAGGAUGAUCCUCGUAUAGUCGGUGGGUAUCACUGGGAUUGUUCAGACUGGGUCAGGCCAAGCCAAAACCCCUUGCCUAAUAUCACGGAGGUGCCUGGAAGCGAAGUACCAGACUCGUCCAGCUUCCACAGCAACGAGAGUAACGAAUCAAACACUCAUCAGUUACCGUCAGUGCACGGCUCUGUAGAUCCAGCGAGGGACAUCGAGACGUUGAACGAAGAUCAAGAGUCGGAGUACGUCGGCGACUCGGAAUGCGGGACUGAGUUUUCCGAGCAGUAUCAGUGCGCGGAAACGCAGCGUCUGAAUCCCCUGGACAGCGGCGGCGAGGGGGAGUACAAGUAUAAAGGCUCCGAGAGCUAUCUCCGUCAUCCGAACUCGUAUCUGCCGCAUUACAACAUCCACACGGACACGGAGAACGAAACGAACCCGUUGAAUGGACGUCUUAGUACUUUAGAAUCCGACGAGGAGGAAGACGACGUAGUGCCUUAUGGUUUCCCAAGCACCCGACGCAACCGAUGCCACAAGGGGGACGAGGUCGACGACAUCGGUUCGGUGAUCACCACGCUCGAGGAGAGAAACUCACUGUUGGGCGGUGCGACCAGCAACAGCGACUUGUCCACCAACUUGUGCGAGAUCGACGAUUCCGAGUACGAGAUCGCCGAUCAGAAGAGCAACGGCCGCCUGUGGUUGUCGGGGAACGGUAUCACGCAGACCUCGGUGUGACAAACAGUGGUGCCACCACGACUUGAGAACAGACUGUACGUGAUCGUGUUUUUCUGUGCUUCUUGAAUAAAAGACAGUGCGAAUGUUAUGUGAAUAUAUACAAUGAUGAAUUAUUGUACAUACGAUUAUUGUAUCGACGCAGACGGUAGGGAGAAAACGGUAAAAGAGUGUGUACAGAGGCAGCUAUGAAUAUAAGAAAAUUGAUGAACACGAGCCGAAUUGAAAAGAACGGUAUGGAAGUAAUCGCAUACUGAGCAACGGUGCGCCCGUCGUUCGCGCAUCGUACCUCGAAUCUCCUAUGUAGGUAGAGCUUAGGUACUCCAACGUACUUAAUCCCGCGAUCCUCGAAACGAUUCCAUUGAGCCGCAGGCGUGAAAA